AUGGAUGCGUCAUCUGGUCAAGGUUUGUACCCGCUGCAUCGCUGCAAAACUAUUCACCUGGUAAGGCAUGCCCAAGGGUUUCAUAAUGUUGCUGGAGAAAAAGACCACAGUGCAUACUUGUCUCCAGAACUCUUGGAUGCUCAACUUACACCUAUCGGUUGGCAGCAGGUAGAUAAUCUCCGGAAGCAUGUUCAGUCCAUUGGACUUUCGAAGAAGGUUGAACUAGUCAUUUGCUCCCCAUUAAUGAGAUGUGAAGGGAUCCUGAUCCCAAUAAUGCCUCAUGGUUUUUGUAGGACUAUGCAGACAGCAGUUGGCAUCUUUGGGGGAGAAAGUUACAAAGACGGGAUAGAUGUUCCUCCACUGAUGGUAGAAAAUGGUGGAGAUAGUAGCCGACCAGCAAUUUCAAGUCUAAAUUGCCCUCCAUUCAUAGCUGUAGAACUUUGUAGGGAACAUUUGGGAGUUCAUUGGUGUGAUAAGAGAAGAAGUAUAAGCGAGUACAAGAAUGUCUUUCCUGCGAUUGAUUUUUCAUUGAUUGAAAAUGAUGAUGACGUUUUAUGGACACCUGAUGUCCGGGAAACAAAUGAACAUCUUGCUGCUAGGGGGAAACAGUUUUUGGAGUGGCUGUGGACACGAAAAGAGAAGGAAAUUGUAGUCGUUACUCACAGCGGUUUCUUGAUUCAUACGCUAGCUCAAUAUGGGAAUGACUGCCAUCCACAAGUGAAGAGUGAAAUAUGCAGUCCGUUUAACAAUUGUGAACUUCGAUCCAUUGUUAUUGUUGACAGAAGCAUGAUGGGAUCGGAUUCUCCCACAACUAAUUAUCCCGGUAAAAUUCCAAGCGGACUUGAUGCUCCAAGUGAUGACGGCGGUAAAAAACAAGAUUGA